ACUCAAACCAACAACCCGUCCCCCGGCCUCUCUCUCUCUCUCUCUCGUUUACCACUUUACGUGUCUGUGGCUCUCUGCUCCGAACCCGUUCAUUACUGACGACCUUUUCAAUCCAGUCACAAAUAUAUAGUUUCACUCUUAAAGGGCAGAAUUACCUCUGUGAACAACUCGGCUCUGUAGCUUCUGGCCAACUGGAGGAAACAGGGAAGUUUUUUCCAGGGACUAUUUUCAGUCAUGGAUUAAUACACAAGUGAUGCUGCGUCGUGAGGAUCUACAGCGGCUGGAGGUUUAAUUCUGAAUUCUAAAUAAACUGUAGUAUCCAUGUUUUAAUGUUACCGAGGCUCAAUGAUGUGUUUUUGAUAGUUGUGGUGCAGAGUGAUAAGUUCCUGUUUGCUGUCCCCAGACUCCUUCUCUCUGGCCGGAGCUCCUCUGGGGAUCUGGAGGAGGAUGGAGCGAGGAGGGGAGAGUCCCAUCACCCAGGACAGCCCUGAGCGGAGGGGGGGCAGCCCCGACCUCAGCGGCCUCCCACCUCCAGGGAAGAAGGGGCGCUUCGAGCUCAACGGGAGCCCCCCCGGACCCCGCCUGCGCCACAACGGAGCGCCGCUGAGGCCCCUGGGAGGUCUGAUGAUCCCGGUGUUCUGCGUGGUGGAGCAGGCGGACGGAGGGAUUCAGGCGGACGGGUGCGAGGGGAGGGAUGAGCACGCCGAGUUCGUGCUGGUCAGGCGGGACAUUCUCUUCUCCCAGCUGGUGGAGACGGCUCUGCUCGCACUGGGCUACUCCCACAGCUCCGCGGCACAAGCCCACGGCAUCAUCAAGGUGGGAAGGUGGAACCCUCUGCCCAUCCACUUCCUGUCCGACGCUCCGGAGGCGACCGUGGCCGACAUGCUGAUGGAGGUUUACCACAUGGUCACGCUGCGUAUUCAGCUACAAAGCUUCUCGAAGCUGGAGGACCUUCCCUGUGAGCAGUGGAACCACGCCACCGUCAGGAACGCUCUCAAAGAGCUGCUGAAGGAAAUGAACCAGAGCACUCUGGCCAAAGAGUGUCCUCUAUCACAGAGUAUGAUCUCCUCCAUCGUGAACAGUUCUUACUAUGCCAACGUCUCCACGGCCAAGUGUCAGGAGUUUGGACGCUGGUACAAGAAGUAUAAGAAGAUGAAAGUCGAUUAUCUGGAGAAGAUGUGGUCAGGACGAGACGCUGCUGACAUCAAAAUCGAGCGAGACAACAUGGCCGACUUCUGUGUGCUGGGUCAGAGACCCCCUCCUCACCUGGCCGGCCUGGCCCAGCUCAGUCACCUGGGAGCGGGCAGCCCACUCCUCAAAGCUGUGCCCGGAGACCUGAGCUCGCAGCCCCUGCAGCAGCCUCCGCCCCCCCAGCAGCAGCCCUCGCCACACGGCCCCCAUCAUCACAGCCCUCCUCUGCGCACGGGCCAGGUGCCUCCUCCGCCCCCGCCGCCCCCGCCCGGCGCCAUGCAGCCCCUGCUGGGGCCAGGUGGGCUGCUGUCGCCUCAACUGUCCCCGCAGCUGGUACGUCAACAGCUCGCCAUGGCCCACCUCAUCAACCAGCAGCUAGCCGUGAGCCGCCUGCUGGCCCACCAGCACCCGCAGGCCCUCAACCAGCAGUUCCUCAACCACCCGCCCAUCCCUCGGGGCUUGUCCAAAGUCGGCGGCGACCAUCCAGGGAGCAACCCCUCAGCCGCCGAAGUCUCCUCUGAAAUCUACCAGCAGGGUUUGCUGUCAGAGAUCCUGAGGAAGGAGGAGGACCCUCGCACGGCCUCCCAGUCGCUGCUGGUCAAUCUCAAAGCCAUGCAGAACUUCCUCAACCUGCAAGAGGCCGAGCGAGACCGGAUCUACCAGGAGGAGAGGGAGCGCACCAUGAACCCCACGGUCGGCCUCCCUGCCUCCAACUCCUCCAACCCCGGACCUCCACGCCUCUCACAGAAAGUGUGGGAGAGAAGCCUGGACGACCAGAUAACCCCUGAUACCUGGGCCUCCAUCUGGAAGAACAAGACUAAGAUCUCCAACUCGCCCAAACCGUCCUGUCCGGCCGCCGAGCUCCCGCUGAAGCUGGAGUCGCUGGUCAACAUCACGUCGGGCGUCUACGAUGAAAUCCAGCAGGAGAUGAAGAGAGCCAAGGUUUCCCAGGCUCUGUUCGCCAAAGUGGCCGCCAACAAGAGUCAGGGCUGGCUGUGCGAGCUGCUGCGGUGGAAGGAGAACCCCAGCCCGGAGAACCGCACGCUGUGGGAGAACCUGUGCACCAUCCGCAGGUUCCUGGCGCUGCCGCAGGCCGACAGAGACCUGGCGUACGAGGAGGAGUCCAGACACCAUCACUCCGAGAGGCUGCACACCGUCCUCCACCUGCCGCAGGAGACACAGCUGUUCUGUCUUUCUCGUCAGGCACUUCACAGGCCGCCCCCGGUGCCGAUGAAGGAGCACCGCCUGUCUCCGAUGCGGGAGGAACCAUUGUCUGCCGCGGGGAACGAGGACUGCUCACAGAAUGUGGGGUCAGGGCCGGGCGGAUGUCCCGGCUCUGUCGGCAGCGCCGGGAGCAACAAGAAGCCACGAUCACGCACUAAGAUCUCCCUGGAGGCCCUGGGUAUGCUGCAGAGCUUCAUCCAAGAUGUCGGCCUGUAUCCGGACCAGGAGGCCAUCCACACCCUGUCGGCCCAGCUGGACCUGCCCAAACACACCAUCAUCAAGUUCUUCCAGAACCAGCGCUACCACGUCAAGCACCACGGCCGCCUGAAGGAGCUGUGUGAGGGGGCCGCCGCCAGCGGGGGGGUGGACGUCAGCGAGUACAGAGAAGAAGAGUUGCUGUCGGGCUCCGAGGACCCAGAGUCCAGUGAGGAUGGAGCUGAGGACCUCUACCAGUCCACAGAGGGUAACGGUGGGAGCACAGGAGGCCUGAACCAGCCUUCAGCAGCCUCCGGCUCCAGCCAGUCAUCCUCAGGGGCCGCCGGGGCUCAGGAGGAGGGAAAGGACAAAGGUCACAGCCGGCCAGGGGCCCACAUGGCCCCCGGGAGCUCCUCCUCCAGUCCUAGAGAGCCGGCUGACUACCAGAGGUAGAGACUGACAAACAGAGAGGACAGGAGACGGGAGAGAGGGAGGAGAGUCUACGAUGAAUACGGCUGCACAGAAACUGAAUGAGACAGAAACGUCUCUGUAGGUUCACAUCAAACAAGGAAACCAUUCGACUGAAGACUGAGACAGACUCGUUAUCGUGACAAUCCCAGUGUCACACCUGUGAAAACCUGAGAUGUGGAGUGACAGUACCUCAGCCAAAGACAGCAGGUUCACCACGUAACUGUGAAACAGCUUUUACACAAAUGUUUAACGCUUCACUCCAGACUUCUAUCAGCAGGUGAGGCUCCUGCAGUUCAGGCCUCGGACCGGCAGACAGGCACAAACACCGAACCAACCACAGACCGUUCAGUCAUCAGUCAUCAGAGGAGCCGUGGUCCCUGCUCCUCCUCUCUGACGUCCCAGCACUGUCCCACAGGACGUGCUGAUUGACCUUUGACUGACUGGAUCCCGGGUCCCCUCCGACCUGUGAGAUCCUGUGAAUCCUCAGGACACACACUGAUGUUGCUAACGCUGGCGCCUGCUGCGGACUCGCUCUUCAUCUUGUAGCUUCGCUGCAUAGUGGAGGAAAAAAAAAAAAGUGUAGGAAGAAGAAGAAGGGGAAACGCCCACCUGCCGCCCCGCCCCGCCCUCUUCUCACCGUCUCACCCCAGAGUCACUACCAGUCCUAUCAAGCACUUACUGUUCACAGAGACACUGACGUAUUGUGGAUGUGAUGACCCCUGUCCUCCCUCGGCCUGGCAGGAGGACGGUGGACGGGAGGAUGUGGCGCGUGGGGACACUCGGGGCUCUGAACCCUCGCCUGGCACCGCCCGCACACGUGUGGCGAGGAGAAAAUGUCCAGAACGCGAGGACAGAGCUGAGAUUCACUAACCGAACAAUCAGCCACUUUAUGUGCGGUCGUCCACCCCUUCCACUCGUCCUCUCUCGCUCUCCUCCUUUCCCUCUCUCUAAUUGGUGCCCACGGUCUUGUGUUCACCACACCUACCCGCACUUAAACUUCACCAACCCUAUUUAUUGCUAUCUUUAUCCAUGAUUAUUAUUAUCAUUAUUGUUAUUAUUGUUGUUAUUAUGGUUAGAAUUGCUGUCAUCCUGUGCUAUUUUUAGGUUUUAUUUCCAUGGUUUUUUAAAUAUUGGUUUUCAGAACUGGGCGGUUGUUUGGGUAACAAGAGACACUGAGAGGACGCUGCCCUAAAAGACGAAGACAAGAAGACAAAGAGAAGAGUGGAAGAAAAUAGUAAAGAAGCAGUUACUGAGUGUUACUGGGUAAAAAAAAGAAUAAAGUCAAGUGAGCGUCAUGCUGUAUUCUGCCAGUUUUUUGUAUGGUUCAUUUCCCAAAAACUAGUAAAUAACUUGUUGAAAAGAGAAAAAGUUGAAUUAAAACUGUAUUUUUUGUUUUUGCUGCAGUUGAUGACAAUCUGAUUCUUUGAGCCAUGAGAGAGAAGUGGCAGGUUUGACUCUGCUCCUCACUUCUAAAUGUCUGUAAAUACCCAACAUGGGAUUAAUUAUUUUAUUAUUAUUGGUAUACUUUCAUUUCUUAUUUUGCAGGAGUAAAGUCUUUUGAGCCACUUUGGAGAAGGGUGAUGUUUCAGGAAAUUUAAAUCAAAAAAAAAAAAAGCAAAAGGAAUUGAAACGUCUUAAUUUGUGUGUCCGGUGCAGUUGUGUGUAAGUUUGUGUAUCGAUGUGUGACGGAUGGACGGCGGGGUCGGACUCUCCUGAUUGGCUGCUACGCUCCAAACAGAUAACUCCUCCGAUCACUUGAUGAUAACUGUGCUUCUUCUGUGUGACAGGAAUCAGGGUUUGACUCAGACGCAGUUCCUACGAAAACUUCAUUCAUCCAGUGUUGAAGUGAAUUAAAAUUUGUGAAUUCA